UCACCCACUCUUUCCUGCCCCUUUGCUGGGGGAGCUGCCUGAACAUCACCCCCCCCUCCCCGCCCCCCAUUCAUUCGGCCUCCCCAGGCCCCGUCGGGGAAGUUUGCACCUCUGGACUCCAUUGCUUUGGUCAUUUUCACAAAGCCAGGCCAGCGGGGCAGGUCCGGCCAGCCGCAGGGGACACGGAUGCCCAGGACCCUGGGCUAAUCGGCUGUGCCUUUCUCACCUAUUGUGCCAGGGACUCCGCCAUCAAAGCUCAGACUGCCCUGCACGAACAGAAGACCUUGCCCGGGAUGGCGCGGCCAAUCCAGGUGAAGCCGGCGGACAGCGAAAGCCGCGGAGGAGACCGGAAGCUGUUUGUGGGGAUGCUGAAUAAGCAGCAGUCGGAGGAGGACGUGCUGCGGCUGUUCCAGCCCUUUGGGGUCAUCGACGAAUGCACCGUGCUGCGCGGGCCUGACGGCAGCAGCAAAGGCUGUGCCUUUGUGAAGUUCUCCUCCCACACCGAGGCCCAGGCGGCCAUCCAUGCCCUGCACGGCAGCCAGACCAUGCCAGGUGCCUCCUCCAGCCUGGUGGUCAAGUUUGCCGACACCGACAAGGAGCGAACACUGCGGCGCAUGCAGCAGAUGGUGGGCCAGCUGGGCAUCCUGACACCAUCCCUCACCCUGCCCUUCAGCCCCUACAGUGCCUACGCCCAGGCUCUCAUGCAGCAGCAGACAACGGUCCUGUCCACGUCGGGCAGCUACCUGAGCCCUGGCGUGGCCUUCUCACCCUGUCACAUCCAGCAGAUUGGCGCCGUCAGCCUUAACGGGCUGCCUGCCACACCCAUCGCCCCUGCCUCUGGACUGCACUCACCCCCCCUGCUUGGCACCACUGCCGUGCCCGGACUUGUGGCUCCCAUCACCAAUGGCUUCGCAGGUGUCGUGCCCUUCCCUGGGGGGCACCCCGCCCUAGAGACUGUGUAUGCCAAUGGCCUUGUGCCCUACCCAGCUCAGAGCCCGACCGUAGCCGAGACCCUCCAUCCCGCCUUCUCCGGAGUCCAGCAGUACACAGCCAUGUACCCCACCGCGGCCAUCACGCCCAUCGCGCACAGCGUCCCCCAGCCGCCGCCCCUCCUGCAGCAGCAGCAGCGAGAAGGUCCCGAAGGCUGUAACCUGUUUAUCUACCACCUCCCCCAGGAGUUUGGAGACACGGAGCUGACGCAGAUGUUCCUGCCCUUCGGCAAUAUCAUCUCCUCCAAGGUGUUUAUGGAUCGGGCCACCAACCAGAGCAAAUGUUUUGGCUUCGUGAGCUUUGACAACCCGGCCAGCGCGCAGACGGCCAUCCAGGCCAUGAACGGCUUUCAGAUCGGCAUGAAGAGGCUCAAAGUGCAGCUGAAGCGGCCCAAAGACCCGGGACACCCCUACUGACCGCGCCCACAGCCGCCCGGAGGCUGCGGGCCUGGCCCAGAGAGAACAACUUUAUCGACAACUAAACACCUUCUUCGGGGAAUGAACAGUGAGCCUAAGGGGCCAGUGGGGAAACGUAACUGACCGCAAACCUUGACGAGCCUCAUCUGUGGAAUGGGUUCGUGAAAGUCGCCUCCCGAGAGGCAGCAGGGAGGAUCCGCUUGGGGAUGCGGUGUUUUCCCAGCCGAGCCCAGGACCCGCCACCUGGAAAGCUCUUGAUCAUUUGUUUUUUCUUUUUUCAAUCACGAGCGCCGUCGUCAUCAAAGUGCCUCGCCUGGGGUCUGGUGCGAAGUAGGUGCUCAGUUAGGGGCUGCUCAUGCUUUUCAGACCCUGUCAAAUCAGCACCCACAGAUAAGCGGGUAUUCAGUCGCGGGAUCAGGCAACUAACAGACGCCCCGUGCACCUGAACACUCUGGGACAGCAAAUCCUUACUGAGCACCUACUAUGUGCUAGGCUCUGUUUCCAGCGCUUGGGGACACAGCUGUGAAUGACCAGAAACGGGGCGGGGGUUGGGGGGAGAGCUGCCUCUGUGGAGCUGCUCCCUGUGGCAGGGAGCGGGGGAGGGGAGACAAGAAUAAACACAACUCUUGGCCCCAGGUUGUGGGAGGAAAUGGGCUCAGCGACCCAAAGUCCCUUCCCAGGCAGUUUGUUGGCCUCCGAAUCUGGAAAUGGACUCUCUCUCUGAAAAGAUAGGGGCCCUUGGGUUCCCAGAACCCAGCCUGGCCAGGGCAGGGGGUAUGGGUGGGAGGCGAUGUCGUAGGCCAGCAGGCCCCGCAUCACCGCACCCUAACGCCCCUCCCUUCUCCGCCAGGUGAGGGGCCUUCCCACCCCAGGAGGGCCUCCCGCUUCCAACCGAUCCCGGACCUUUCCGUAAAUUACAACCGAGUUUGGACACCAGCCCUCCCUCUCCUCUCCCGUCUCCCUUGCCCCCCCAUCCCCUAAUGUGAAACACUACUGAAGGCCACGUGGAGCGGGGAGGGGGCUUCGUGGUCUGCACCAGCGCUGGGAGGAGGGGGCUCCUGAGUUGGGGGCCAAGGGGUUCACCGCCCCCCUCCUUGGUGGCUCCCCAAACUAAAUCACAACUUUUCCUAUAUAUAUAUAUGCAUAUAUAUAUAGAGCUAUAGACAGUAUAUAUAUUUUUUGAGUAUAGAUCAUGGGACCAAACUUUUCCGACUUCCUUCCAUCCAAGAGAAGGUGACCCUGGCCUGGUCACUCAGCAGGGACAUAAGAAGGGCUGAGGAUGACCGGGCAGCCCAGUGUCUCCCCAUCUCCCGCUGUCAUGUCAGACCAGGGCACCGAGAAGCACUGGGAAUCAUCAGCCAACGCGAUAUACCUCCAGGACUUUGGGCCCCUGCCGCCGACGGCUCUCGCAGGCCUUUGGGCUCAGCCAGCUCGAGUGUCCCUGGUCUUAGCUGCAGCUUCUGGAACCCCUACCCCCUCCCUCGCCCCAGGGCCCUGCCUUCCCCGAUGUAGGCACAAAAGAGACCCCCCCGCCUCCCCCCGUCAUAGCCUUACUCAUGUGACCAAUAGCCCUUAGCUUUCCGUCAGGGGCAGACAGGGUCGGGGGAGCCCCCCGCCCCUCGUGCCCCCUCCCGAGGGCAGGCAGCCACCCUCCCUGCCUUCGGAUCACCAGCCUGGAGUUCACGAUCUCAUGACCAAGAUUGCCAAGCGCGUUGGACAAGCCAACCUGCACCGGCCCAGCUCCCCUUUACCAGAGAUACCUCUACAAAUAUUUCUUUUUUUAAAUUUUGGUCUUUCUGAGCAGAUACAAAGAAGUAAAGAGAACAAAAUGGGGGGGGGGAAAUCAGACGACAGUGGAUUUUUCUUUCCUAGUCGGGGCGGGGAGGGAGGUCUUGCGGGGGCAUCUCUGUAUAGCUACUCAAACCGUGAAAACCCACUUUGAAGCACAGAGUCAAGUUCGUUGGACGUCAGUAGGGCCUCUUGCCAAGUGAGGCACCAGAGAACUUAAUAAGCUCAAGAAAAAAACAAUUUGUAAAGAAAAAAAACAGCAUUCCCUUUUGUUUCUACCAAAAUGUGUUGACUGACCCAGAAAAAACAAAAACAAAAACAAAAAAAAAACACAAAAAAAACACAUAGCAAAAAAAAAAAAAAAAUCUUAUGACCAACUUGUUUCGAUAUUCCAGAGUUUGAUAAUUGUUCCGAGACACUCUAGCGUGCCUGUGUCCCGUGCGUCUGCGUGUGCAAGCGCGUGCCCAGGGGCCACGAGGGGGCCUCGUCCGCGUCCCCGGCACCUGCCAAGCCCCCGCCAGGCCUGCUUGGGAGUGCGUGGUGGUGCGCAGUGGCGUGUGUCCUUCUGGUCCAUGUUUACCGGCUGUAAAUACCAUUUUUAUACUCCACAUCGAAGACCUACGUGAUUUGUACGAUGUACUUUAUUUCUGCUACGAGUAAUUUCAUGAAGUUUCAACUUGCAAACCGACUUUUGGAGACAAACCGCCACACACACACACAGAAAAGGAAGACGAGAAAGGGACUUAGAGGGAACUUUGGGUUGACUUGGUUUGAAUUUCUGGCUGGAGAGAUCCUUGUCACUGUGGCGUGUUCAGGUGAGAAGCUGCGAGCAUCAUCUUAAUGUCCAAACGCCUCUCUUUGGUCUGGAGAAACUGAAAGUUUAUUUAAUAAAAGUUUUACUUGCUAAAGGA